CUCGGGAGGAGGGCGGGGCGCGCGCAGGCGGGCCGAGUCGGAGGGCCGGGCCCACGGGCUGCGGCGGAGUGGGACUGGGCGCUGGCGCUACCGCCAUGGACGCCGACGCGGGGUCGGAGAACCCAGAGAACGGGGAGCGCCGCGACCCGAACCGGACUGCAGAGGAGGACGCGCGGGCCCGGGCCGAGUUCGCGGCGCUGCACGGCCCGGCGCUGCGCGCGUCCGGAGUCCCUGAGCGGUACUGGGGCCGCCUCCUGCACAAGCUGGAGCACGAGGUUUUCGAUGCCGGGGAGAUGUUCGGGAUAAUGCAAGUGCAGGAAGUGGAGGAGGAGAGUGAGGGCGAGGAGGCCCGGGAAGCUCGGAAGAGGCAGCCCAACCCUGGCGGCGAGCUCUGCUACAAGGUCAUCGUGACCAGCGAGAACGGGCUCCAGGCAGCCGACCCCAGCAGCAUCUUCCUCAUCGACCACGCCUGGACGUGCCGCGUGGAGCACGCGCGCCAGCAGCUGCGGCAGGUGCCCGGGCUGUUGCUCCGUAUGGCCAACCUGAUGGGCAUUGGGUUCCACGGCGAGCUGCCCAGCGCCGAGGCCGAGGACCUGGUGCUGGAGGAGAUGUGGCGGUUCAACCAGACCUACCAGCUGGCACACGGGACGGCCGAGGAAAAGGUGCCGGUGUGGUACAUCAUGGACGAGUUCGGCUCGCGCAUCCAGCACUCUGACACGCCCAGCUUUGCCACGGCGCCCUUCUUCUACGUGCCCCAGCAGGUGGCCUACACGCUGCUGUGGCCCCUGCGGGACCUGGACACAGGCGAGGAGGUGACCCGGGACUUUGCCUACGGGGAGGCCGACCCUCUGAUCCGGAAGUGCAUGCUGCUGCCCUGGGUCCCCGCCGACCUGCUGGACUUGAGCUCUUCCACGCCCGAGCCGCCUGACGAGCACUACCAGGCCAUUUUGGAGGAGAACAAGGAGAAGCUGCCGCUCGCCAUCAGCCCGGUGGCCUAUCCCUGCGACCACGUCUUCAAGGUCUACACAGACAUCCAGCAGGUGCUCAGGCACCUGACGCACCCGCGCUUCACCUUUGCCCAGAGCGAGGCGGAUGCGGACAUCCUCUACAACUUCUCCCACUUCAAGGACUACAGGAGGCUCAGCCAAGAGAGGCCCAACGUGCUGCUGAACCAGUUUCCCUGCGAGAACCUACUGACGGUGAAGGACUGCCUGGCCUCCAUCGCACGCCGGGCCGGGGGCCCCGAGGGCCCGGCGUGGCUGCCCCGCACCUUCAACCUGCGCACCGAGCUCCCGCAGUUUGUGAGCUGCUUCCAGCAGCGGGAGAGGCGGGGCCAGGACAACCACUGGAUCUGCAAGCCCUGGAACCUGGCCCGCAGCCUGGACACCCACGUCACCAGGAGCCUGCACAGUAUCGUCCGGCACCGGGAGAGCAGCCCCAAGGUCGUGUCCAAGUACAUCGAGAGCCCAGUGUUGUUCCUUCGAGAAGACGUGGGGCUGGUCAAGUUCGACAUCCGCUACGUCGUGCUUCUGCGCUCGGUGAAGCCCCUGAGGCUGUUUGUCUAUGACGUGUUCUGGCUGCGCUUCUCCAACCGGCCCUUCGCGCUCGACGACCUGGACGACUACGAGAAGCAUUUCACCGUCAUGAACUAUGACCCGGAAGUGGUGCUGAAGCAGGUGCACUACGAUGAGUUCAUCCCUGAGUUUGAGAAGCAGUACCCGGAAUUUCCCUGGAAGAGCGUCCAGGCUGAGAUCUUCCAGGCCUUCACGGAGCUGUUCCAAGUGGCGUGUGCCAAGCCGCCGCCCCUGGGCCUCUGCGACUAUCCCUCAUCCCGGGCCGUGUAUGCCGUGGACCUCAUGCUCAAGUGGGACGACCGUCCAGAUGGGACGCGAGUGAUGCAGCCGCAGAUCCUGGAGGUGAACUUCAACCCGGACUGUGAGCGGGCCUGCAGGUACCACCCGGGCUUCUUCAACGACGUCUUCAGCACCCUGUACCUGGACGAGCCCAGCCACUGCCACGUCACCCGCCUGGUCUAGGUGCUCGUGGCUCCGCGCUGCCUGCCGGCCCCUUCCAGCCUCAGCGGGCGGAGGUGCUUCCGCGGGCCCCUCCCCUCCUUCCUCGGCACAGCCUCGUCUUGGAGCUGUCAUCCCCGUGUCACCUCUGGGGGCUCAGGGUCCUCUUCCCUCCGAGGUCAGGAGCAGGACCAGGCACGGUGUCCCCAGGGCUGAGUCCCAGGCCCCUGUCCGUGCUCCCCUCACCGCCAUCCGUGCUCAGCUGAGGGCUUUUUCUGGAGGGUCUGGUUCCUGGGCUGCUGUUUCCCAGGGGGUUAGCGGCUGUGGGUUCUGGGGAGCACGAGGUUUCCCCAGCAACACCUGCGGAGCCCACAUGCGAACGGGGAGCUGGGUGGGCUGCUUCUCCAGGGGGCCUGCUCGUGUAUCGUGACUCCGCUGGGGCAGGGUGUCCCCACCCCUGCCCCCCAGAACAGCUGGGAACCUGCUCCCCGGACCACACCUUCUUGGUUCCCACUCUCGACCAGACCUUUCCCAGUAAGCUUCCCGUGAAGUUCCCGGCCGGGAGGGCCGCGGCCUUGGGCUGCUGUUGCCUUUCCACGUGGCAAGAGCAGGCUGUCCUCCUCUGACCCCGGCAUACCCGGCCGCCCGCCGGGCACGGCAGAGCUGUCCCCCUCGCCUGCCGUCGGCUGGGGCCUCAGGGACAAGUGUGGGCGGCAGAGCCCAGCAGCAGACGGCCAAGGAAGAUGAUUCCAGGGAGAACUUGAUGUUACUGUCAGGUGCCACCUUCCACCCGAGUCUAGCAUCAAAAUGUUGGAUUUUUGUUAGUUUUUCAUUUAUGGGAGGAAAAUAUAAAGAUUCUUAUUAUUUCCGUAACCUUGUUUCUGAAAUUUGGAGUCAGAUGCUGGUGUGUUUUGUGUAGCCCCAGUGGCCCCAGGCCCAGCUGACAGUGGGGUGGGGGGAGAGUUUGACCCCCACUCCUUGGGGGGUGGGGGUGGGGCACGGAGCUUCAUUCACUGUGAAGCCAAGAAACAAAACUGGGCUGGGCUGUGCCUCCCAUCCGUGUGUCCACUUGGCUGUGUGUGUCCAUCUUCUUUGUCACCCAGAACCUCAGCCUGUUGGCUGGGGAGACGCCCCUUCCAUCCUGCUAAGCUGUGAUGUAGCAAGGACACACGGUCUCUGGUUUCCCCUGGAGAGCCGCUGGCGUCCUGCCCUCUCCUUGACGCGACCUGUACCGUAAUAAACUAGGCCU